AUGAUUGUGAAAGCGAUCCAGCUUCAGAUAAAUGGAUUAGUAAGUCAACGCUGGAGUUGGAAGGCCCGCACAUUUUCAUCCUUCUCCCCAUUUUCCCCAAUUCCAUACCCUAACCCUUAUACCAACCUGCUUCCCACCAAAACCAUUCCUCGUAGAGUUCAAUUCGCGCCAUUUAACGCUUCCUCGACACCGCUUCCUUCUGCCGGAAAUGUUCGAAAUAUCAAGUUCUGUCAGUGGUGUGGCGGUUCUACGAAGCAUGAUAUUCCUGAAGGGGAAGAAAAAUUGAGAGCUAUAUGUACGGUUUGUGGGAAGAUUGCGUAUCAGAAUCCGAAGAUGGUAGUUGGCUGCCUCGUUGAACAUGAUAACAAGGUCCUCCUUUGCAAGAGGAGUAUUCAACCAUCUCAUGGCCUUUGGACACUUCCUGCUGGUUAUUUAGAAAUUGGAGAGUCAGCCGUGGAUGGUGCCAUUAGAGAAACAAGGGAGGAAGCAAAUGCAAAUGUGGAAGUAAUUUCUCCAUUUGCCCAUCUGGAUAUUCCUUUAAUUGGCCAAACUUACAUGAUAUUCUUAGCAAAGCUGAAGAAGCCCCAUUUUUCACCUGGUCCAGAAUCAUCAGCAUGCCAACUUUUUCCACUUGAUGAUAUACCUUUUAACUCUCUAUCCUUUUCAUCAAUGGUGGUUACCUUAAGUUUGUAUGUUGAGGAUAUUAGGACUGGAAAACUCAAAUUCCAUUAUGGAACCAUUAACAAAAGGCCGGGUACAAGUCCUUCUGAUAUUCGUGCCUAUACACUAGAUCAUCAUAUGCAGUCAUGA